CCAUAACUCUCAUCACAAAUCUCACUCUCUGUGUCAUCGCAUGUUUUCUUCAUUGGAGGAAAGUCCCACUAUGUUGCCGGAGUUUGUUUCUCGAGUUAACGUAUCAAACUCAAAUUAAGAGCACUCCUUGCUAAUUCCCAGAUCAACCUUCACCUUGUCUUUGUUGUUUUAUAGAGACAAAGGCACUCUCUCCUUGCAUAUCCUCUCUGUUUUUAGUGCCUGGAGAUCACAAAACUCCCUAUCUCGCUCAAUCUUUCCCCUCCAGUAACUUUCACCAUGCCUUCAAGAUCAUUGACAGACGCCUUUAGAUCCCACCCCGUCCAUCUACACCAAAAGCACCUUGACUUUUCCUCUCUUCAAGAAAUACCUGACUCACACAAAUGGACUCAACUUGAUGAGCACCUUGACUUUUCCUCUCUUCAAGAAAUACCUGACUCACACAUGUGGACUCAACUUGAUGAUAUUGAACAACAACAUCCUUCAGUUGAAUCCUUCAUCACGGAAUCUGUCCCCGUUAUCGAUCUCUCAGACCCUAACGUCCUUCAAAACAUAGGCAAUGCAUGCAAAACUUGGGGUGUGCUUCAAGUCACAAACCAUGGCAUCCCUAUUAGCCUCCUUGAGAGCGUUGAGGGUGUUAGUAGGAGCCUCUUCUCUUUACCUGUCCAGCAAAAACUCAAAGCAGCUAGAUCACCGGAUGGUGUUUCUGGCUAUGGUGUGGCUAGGAUUUCUUCAUUUUUCUCAAAGCUCAUGUGGUCAGAGGGAUUCACCAUAGUUGGUUCUCCACUUGAGCACUUUCGCCAACUUUGGCCCCAAGAUUACACCAAAUUCUGCGAUGUAAUUGAAGAGCAUGAGAAAGAAAUGCAAAAGCUAGCAAGGAGGUUGACAUGGUUAAUGCUGGGCUCGUUGGGCAUAACUAAGAAAGAUUUAAACUGGGCUGGACCGAAAGGUGAAUCCAAAGAAGGUGGUGCAGCCUUGCAACUGAACUCCUACCCGGCUUGCCCAGAUCCAGAUCUGGCAAUGGGUCUUGCUGCACACACAGACUCCACUCUGCUGACCAUUCUUUACCAGAACAACACAAGUGGAUUGCAGGUGCUGAAAGAGGGAAUUGGGUGGGUCACCGUCCCACCAAUCCCAGGUGGGCUUGUUGUAAAUGUAGGCGACCUACUCCAUAUCCUAUCAAACGGGUUGUACCCGAGUGUGCUCCACAGAGCGGUGGUUAACCGAACCAAACACAGAUUAUCCAUAGCGUACCUCUACGGGCCACCAUCAAGUGUUCAAAUAUCACCCAUACAAAAACUUGUAGGCCCAAAUCAUCCUCCUCUCUAUCGCCCAAUCACUUGGAAUGAAUACCUUGUCGCUAAAGCUAAGCAUUUCAACAAAGCAUUAUCAUCGGUUAGGAUUUGUGCUCCUCUAAAUGGACUAGUUGAUGUAAACGAUCAUAAUAGUGUAAAAGUUGGUUAGGAGAUGAGUGAUCACUUUUUACAAGUAACUUCAAUUUUAUCCUGAAGUUUUACCUUA